UCACGCAAGUCAGCAAACUCGUUAUCAAAGAUGACGGCCCUCUGUGGUCGGAGUGGGAUUUGGAGAUGCGGAUUUCAAGCCACCUUGAUCGUAAAUAAAAUUCACGUGAACAAUUUGUCGAUGUUUUCAACAAGGGGAUAUUCCUGUUUUACAGCCAAGAUUCAGUCUGUCACCAGAAAUCUACAGCAAGUUGCCAGCAACACCAGUGGUCAGCGCUCAAUAUAUGCACCCCAACAAACACGAUCAGUCCACGGUCAUCACUUUUUUGCAGUUCCCCUUGUAAAUCGACUACCAACUUUGAGGAUGCAGUCAACAAUCAUGUUUGCCAUUUUGAGAAACCAGCUCUGGCCAAACUUGGAGAUGCAGUCUUCCUCAGGCAAAAACAGCACAAGAUGUCUUGCCACCGUAAACCAAUACAGAUGGAAAAAAGUUAGAACCAAGGCAGAUAUGCCAAAGAAAAUUAUUCCUAAAUCAAGGCAGGUGCUUCGUGGCCCUCAGAGAAAAGGAGUUUGUAUCAAGGUUUUUACCCGAAAACCAAAGAAACCCAAUUCUGGGAACCGGAAGUGUGCGCUGCUGAAACUUAGCAGUGGGAAAGUUAUCACUGCGUAUAUUCCUGGCGAGAAAGCAGUGUUGCAGGAGCAUGGUGUGGUGUUGUUUGAAGGUGGUAGAGUGCAGGACUGCCCUGGAGUCAAAUAUAAGAUAAUUAGAAAGAAGUAUGACAUGAACUAACGAACCAAAGUUGAGAGAAUAAAGCGUUACUCCUUUUAUUGGUGUAAAUCAGUUUCCAGUCAAGGUACGCAUCACAUGUGUCGCUAUUCUUAUCAAUUUUGUGCAAAGCCCACAAACACUUGAAUGCCCUUACAUUCCGCUUAUAGUUUCCUUCACUCUAACUCCUCCUGCAUUAGAAAUUGUCAUUGCUUAUUGUGUUCGUGAGCGGUAAACGGAAACGGUACUCGACCAAAACACUUCAAAAUCGGUAAAACGGUGAACUCUAAACGGCACAAAACUCUCUAAAUGGCACAACAACUGCUCAGUGGAAACUGUCUAAAACUCUGCCGAUAAACGUUCACGCAACUUAAAUUCGUAAGCGCAACUAACGUACGCGUAACUUAAAUUCAAAAUGUUUCCGUGCGCGCGCGCGGUAUUCGCGCGUCACGCCACUUCGGAACUGUCUUCUCAACAUAUUGUGUGUUUAGUAUAGCAAACUCUAGCCUGCGAGCAGGCUCACGUUGGAGCACAAGCGUUGGAACAAAAGCACGCGCGGCGUAGCCACGAGCGCGAAAUCGGCGCCUCUUCACCAGACUCCUUCACACCGGCUCGCUUUGCUUUUCGCCUCUCGCGCGCGUGACUCAAAGGUGAGCGUGCUCGCAGGCUAAAUAAACUGUCUUUGAUAUAUAUUCUGUCUUCAUACUUCUGAACUGGGCAUUCACGAUGGUAGCUGCCGGUUUCGCCCCAUGGCGAGUUCGCCCCCAACCAGAUCGAGUCGCAUAUAGAGAUUAUUCCUCGUUCUUUUAUCCACUGCCUUAUUAGAUUACUGGUGGCGAGGAAACUUCACUUGGUGGCGAGGUGACUUCGCUUGGUGGCGAGACUCCCUGGUGGCGAGAUGACCGGUAACCGUCCAGCGAACAAUCAUCAUCUAAGCUUAUCAAACAUACAUAGACUGAAAUGGUUCUUCGAAAACGUUUAAUAGCUCGAUAACAACUGCGUAAACAUGAACACUAAAAGUUGGGGGCGAACUCGAAAUAGAAAUUUUAUAGUGGGGGCGAACUCGGUGGGCGCGAACUCGCCAUAGGGCGAAACCGGUAUCAUUCGCUACGAUACGACUUGGCAGGUUCGUUUGUUAAAGGAAUCUUAAAAAAAAAAACCGACUUCUGACCGUGUUGAAAAUCAGGUCAAUAUUUGUUUAUUGGAAAACCGAACUUACAACAGUACUGGCCAGUACUCGGCUUUAUAAAUAACAGAGUAAAACAACGUCCGACCAUGCUAUGCAAUCACAGUUAAAGCGCUUCGACUCUUCAACGCUUUUCGCCAUCGCCGCUUGAUUCAGUUGCGUGUAGCGUGCUGAAAAGCAUUUGUCAGGGCACUUCAGUGGCUCUUAAAGAUAAGACUCGCUAUGUUAGCCGAACAAACUGAUCCUGGGCAAAUACGUGAGUUGAGUUUGACAUAUGGCACACUACACGAAAGCAGGUGAUAAGAUAUGGGCUAUUUUAAUAUAACUCAACUAAAAAAGAUUUCAAAAAGGACCAAGAAAUAAUCUCUUGAAGAGACUCAUUAAUUACUUCGAUUUUACUGCCCAAAACCUGGUCAAGACUAGUUUUUUUUAUUGCCUUCAGUGGUAGCUGGAGGCCAUUAAAAUUUAAAAUCAAACUAUGGUUGCAUUGCGGGCCAAGGGACUUCGUCCGGCAGUUGUUCAUCGCUGAAGAUAGCAUGAAGAAGCUCUACAAAUCAAAGUAAAGGAGGUCCGCUAUCAGUUUAAGAUAACUAGCCAUGUUAUUCAUUCUACGAUAGCUUCUUUUUUCACAAUCUUUUAAGGCAAAGAAGUUUAACGUUUCUUUUAUUUCCCAAUCCGUUACAAGCAAGAUUUUGAUAUCGAUUCAUCUGAUGAAUUUGUUACAUAAUCAGCUUUUGUAAUUCUAUUCAUUCUGUCACCUUUCAAGUGUAGUCGCAAUAUACAGUGUUUGUUAAUUAGUGUGCAUUGUCCCACAAACCCUAAAUAUGCAGAGACGCUUCUUGAACUUUCUAACAUUUACAUAAGUAUGGAAGACAACUUGUAAGUUUAGCUCGACAUUCAUUCAUUAUUAGUGUGUGUGUUCAAGGAAUAAAACUUUUGCCAACAGGAGUAGUUAACAGAAUUGUGUAAUUUCAAACGUUUAAAAGUAGUACAUAGCGACUUAACAAUCGAAUAGUGAUGUGUAUUUAUGUAAUAAAUAGCAUUUUACAUUUA